GAAUAAAAAGUUAAAGUGAGGCUGACGGAUGAGUAAAAACUCUAAAAAGUGAAAUCGUUGAUUCAGGCGUGAAUGUGAGGAGAUCAGUGAUGGACCCCGCUCAUUAUCCUCAAAGUCUACGUUGAAAGAAAUGUAGGAUGCACGCAUUUUUCUUAAACAAAUCCUCCAGAAGACGAUGUAGAAUAUCACCACAACUUCGAGAAAAUGAAGAUUUCCCGACACAGUCCUAAAUUUUGUUCCGAUCCGCUCGAUUUCAGGCUUGAACUUACAUUUUGAAGGGCGGCUCGCCUUGGCCUCAGAUGGAGCCGUACGACGAGGACCGGUUGCCUUUGGGCGCGGCCAACGCGAGCCUGAGCCUCAACCUGACGAGCCUCUUCGGGGAUUGGCUGAACCUGAGCGAGGGGGCCGGGGCGGGGGCCGACGGGGGCCCGCCCCCCACGGCCGGGACCACGACGGACGAGCUCCUGACGCUGUACAUGAUCUUCGUCCCGUUCAUGGUUCUCUUCUGCCUGGCCUCGGUCCUCUUCAACAUGGUCCUCCUCCUCUCCGUCUGCUGGAUCCAGAAGCCCAUCUCGCCCACCCUCCACAUCACUCUCAGCCUCGCAGGGUCGGACAUGUUCACCUCGUUCAACCUGGGGUUCGGCCUGUUCGUGAACUCGUACCUGCCGCGGGUGCACGGGAUCAAGGCCUCGGACUGCUUCGCCCUCCUGGUCGAGGCCUUCCGGCUGGGCGGGCUCUGCACGACGACGGCCCACCUCGUCCUCCUGGCCAUCAACCACUGCCUGGGCACCUUCCGACCCCUCCACUACCCCUCCAUCGUCACCCACGGCAACAUCUCCUUCUGCCUCGUCGUCAUCUGGCUCGCCCCCUCCGCCAUCUUCCUCCUCGUCUUCACCUACGGCUUCGAGGGCGAGGGCUUCCAGUCCCCCGUCUGCUCCACACAAUUUUUCUACUCAAUGAAAUAUCGGAGUAUGGUUUCGUGGACACUUUUUGUAGCGAUAGCAUUAAUCUCUGUAAUAUAUUUCCACAUAUACCUCAUGGUGAAGCGGCAUCAAGCCACAAGGAGAAAAUACAGAUCGACGUAUUCAAGAAAUUACUCAUACUCGAGGAGGGAACGAACCGUGGACGGGCUGGCGCAAGCGCAGCAAGAGCGGAACGAGAAGGCCAUUUGCACGACGCUUUUGAUCGUGGGCUCGGUGGUGCUGGGGCUUCUGCCGGUGGCCACUGUCUACACCCUCGUCUGCCCGACUUGCCUCUUCCAGAUCAGCUCGCCCAAAGUCAGGUUCUACGUCAUCUUCGCCGCCAACUUCCUCAUGAUCCUCAAGUCCACCGUCAACUCCUACAUUUACGCCGCCAGGAUGCAGGAUAUCAAGAGGGCGCUGCGGAGCAUGUGCCGGAGCUUCAAGGCGCUGAUCUGCCGGCGGGGGGAGUCGUUCCGGGAGUGCCGGAUCCACCACACGCACGGCUCCACGCACAGUCGCUCCCUCUCGCGGCACGAGCGGAAAACGGAGGUUUGCCGCCUCCACUCCAACCCCCUGCCGGAAACGACGCAGAGCGGCCGGACCCGCAACGGCUCCGUCACCACCUACAUCACCGGCAACGGUGACAACAACGGCUACACCAAGAAGACCAACCAGGCCACCACAAGACUCUAAAGAAUCAAUGUCCAUCGUCUACUCCAGAAAUCUCAACGUCAUGCUACAGUACCAAUAAUACCUGGGGAGAACAUCAUGCGAGACCAACCAGCGGGCUGAUUGUUGAUAUUGUCAGACAAAGCUAUAGACAACGAAGACAAAAAAGGUAUGGAGGAAUCCUACUGGUGGAAGCGGGUGGUUGCAAUGAACAUAGGGGGUAGUAAUAGACUAACUAACACGGCAAUUCAAGAGAGAUCCUUUAGUUAGUCCGUCAUUUACCCCCUUAGUCUAUAGAAACCACCCAUUUCAAUCAAUAGGAUCGCUCCAUACUCUCUAUUUCUUCUUUGUCUAUAGCUUUGUCUAGCAAUUUCAACAAUCAGCCCGCAGGCCUACAUAAGACUCUGAACAAACAGCGGCGAUGCUCUACUUCAAGAAUCUCAACGUCAUGCUAGAGUACCAAUAAUACCUAGGGAGAGUAUUUUGGUGCAAAUUUUUUGCAACGUGGGACGCAAAUUCCUUAAACAUUUUCAAAGGAACCCGCACGAACAUUCUUUUGUAAAAAAUUAAAUAGCCUACACUGUUAGAAAUCAAUGAUUUACUCUGAGUGAAUAGCCGGUGUGAAAAAAAAAAUCCAGCGCGAAUUUCGCGCCGUACUCUGAGAGAAUAGAUCAGAGCGUAAAUAUCACCAACGACGGACGAAUUAGUUGAGGCACCUCAAGUAGCGUGAAUUCAGGGCAUCCUGAUACGAGUACCGAAUGGCGAAGUGGUAGAGCACUCGUCUAUUACCGCCGCGACUCCAGUUCAAAUCCAUGUUACGGCAGCUCCGUUUUAUGUUUGCCUGUCAGAUUUUCACUCCCGCCAGAGCGCGAAAUUCGCGCCGGAUCCAUGCACUCAGAGUAACAGGUGGUCAAAAUAGCAACUGAGUAAGCGUGAAUUUCGCGUCGGGAUUUUAAACAGUGUCGUUCUUAAAAGGCUAUAGUUAUAGUUUGGAGCAUUCAUCUGCGGGCUGAUUAUUGAAAUUGAUAGACGAAGUGAUAGAUAAAGAAGACAUUAGGAGUGUCGAAUAAUCCUAU